AUGUGGGGUCUCACGUACGAAGAGGCAAACUUUGCACGACUCCGGAUCUAUGGGCCUUUUACCGUGGACUGGUUGCAGCGUGUGGUGCCCGAUCUCCGUCCGACACAGAUGGCACUGGCCCAGUGGGCGGUGGAGCACAAUCGGCUCAUGAUGGAGUGCCCAAAGCCGGCUGCCCCCGGAUCGCAUCGCACGCUUCGUCACAUCGUCACGCCGGAUAUACUGGCAGGGCUCUUAGGUGUAUCGAGCCCCCAGCGUAGGAGCAUCAAUCGUCGAUUCCGUUCAUUAUGGGAUGUCUGGGACCCGGCUGGACAAUAUCCUUACACUACGACUGAUCGGCUUUGGAGUGCGGCGAUGCGAAUGGAACGACGGUGGUGGCGGUCGCUCUGGCCUGGGCCGUCGUACGAGAGACCCGUCACUCUCAACCAGCUCAUCGGCGUCUUUCCCCGUCUUGAGUCGGAUGUUCUGCACGAGGUCAAGCGGCUCCUGGGGCGGCGGGUGUGGCGGGUGAAAACGGCUACUGCUACGAUGGAGGACAUAAUGUUAUAUCUACAGCGGGGAGAUCACAUCUCGGAUGCGGAUAUGCGCUACGCACGCAGGCUCUUGGGCCUAGAAUAG